CGUGUUUCACUCCUGCCGUGCAAGUUAGCAUGUUGCACUUCCGGUGCUUGUUUGGCUAGUAGUUUAAAAUGACAAGCGCUGGCUAUAUUAAACACACUUUUAAUGCUUAAAUGGCAGCUAUACUAAAUGUGGUCACACGCCUAGGAACAAGAAGAGUCCUGUAGAGUGAACACAGAGUUGAACUUCUCUCUCUCUAUCGUACUAUGUUCAAAAAGAUGACUGAAUUUGGUCCAGAUUCCGGGGGGAGAGUGAAGGGAGUAACCAUCAUUAAGCCCAUUGUGUUCGGGAACGUUGCCCGUUACUUCGGGAAGAAGAGAGAGGAGGACGGACACACACAUCAGUGGUCUGUCUAUGUGAAGCCUUACAGAAACGAGGAUAUGUCUGCGUAUGUGAAGAAGAUCCAGUUCAAGCUUCAUGAGAGCUAUGGUAACCCACUGAGAGUGGUGACGAAGCCUCCGUAUGAGAUCACAGAGACGGGCUGGGGGGAGUUUGAGAUCAUCGUCAAGAUCUUCUUCAUUGACCCCAAUGAGAGACCUGUGACUCUGUACCAUCUGUUGAAGCUCUUCCAGUCAGACACCAGCGCCAUACCGAAGAAGACGGUUGUCUCUGAAUUCUAUGAUGAAAUGGUACUCCUUCCUUUGUGCUCGGGUUUUUUAAUUAGUUUGAGUCCCUCUCAUGCUAAUGAGUGCUUGUCUGUGUCUGCAGUCAGUGAGCUGGAGCAGAGGACCAAGGAGAAAAUGGAUGCUGCAAAGAGGAGAACCAGCCUGGAGAUCACUGAGCUGAAGGACAAACUAAAAGCCAGCAGAGAGAACAUCAACAGCCUGAAGGCAGAGAUCAGGAAGCUGGAGGAGGACGGAGACCACAAGGACCACUGAGGAACGGACAUAAUGAUUAAAAACAUUGCUGUGACAUAUUUUAUGAUCACACAUUUUGUGUUUUAAUCGGUUUUAUUUACAUGGACCCUCAGAGAAAACAUUACAAUAAUUUUUACAUAAAAUCGUUUUAGUAUAUCACUGAAACAAGGAUUUUGGGAUUGUUUCUUUAUAAACUUGUCAUUGUUGUCUUUUUACCCACACAUUGCUUGAACCGCUGAUCCAACAUUAAUCCUGUCCACUCAUGUCCAUGUUAUUGGUACCUGAUAAGAGGACAACAGCAAAAGUCAUUUUAGCAUCCACACAUCCAUACCUACCUGAAGAGAUGUCCACUUUUGUGUCGGAAUGUAAAAAGUGUAAUAAUUUGGUAAUUUUUACUGAUCUUUUGAUUUUUCUAUAAAAAGUAAUUGUGUUUACAAGA